CGAGCGGCCAUGCUAGCAGGCUGCAAGUCACUAUGGCUCCUGAGGAUUUCAGCUAAUAUUUGGCAAAUACCCAAUUAACUCAGCCUGAAACACCCUGGAAACUUUUGGUACAAGAUCCUGGAGUGUCCCGGUGUAGCUACGGCACCUGAUAUCGGGUGGCUCUGGGUCCCGGUGAGAUGCUCUGGGGCUUGGGGAGUGGAGCAGACGGCUGCUGCCUCGCUUUCCACCCCGGUUAAAGAGAAACACAACGCGGCUGGUGCCCUCCCGGCCCUGUUCACCCCCUCUUUGGACCAGUGGGGGUUAUCCCAGUCCCCACCAGGCAAGCAAACACCAUUAAGGCGCUCCUGGGCGACUUGACGCCGACCGCCAAGCAGCCCCAACAAAAUGGACAAAAGUGAUGCAACUACCUCACAGGCCGGUGGAGAUAGACCGCGCUGAUGCAGAACUUACACACCACGCAGCCGAAUCCAUGAGUGCCCCUGGACUGCAAAUGUAGUAAAGAGGGGAAGACGGCAGCUUAUACCUUUACCGCCUACUCACACUGCAAGCUCAGUACCUGCUCCGAUUGAGAACGGCUUUCCUCAGCCUCCUACCACCAAGCCCACAGACCAUCACUGGGGGAAGGCCCGGAAAAGGUAUCCCCGUAUAACAGCUUAAACACACUACUACCCGCAAUGUGAUCUGUACCGCACAACACCCGUACUCACCUCACAACCGGAUUAUACGACCACAUCGACCCCCGUUAACUGUGCCCUGGGGCGGGUUGUCGGGACCCAGUGGACUUUGUCGGCCUGCAGAGAGUAUCCUCGUGCUCGAGAAGAGGAUGCUUAUUAACAGCAUUCACGAUGCAAGAAACGAUGGCUGCUCCAACUCCUCACGACGGAAGACAUGAAAGGCGCAAACCAUGGAAUUCACCACGGACAGCCUCACUAAAGGUCACUCUGGCGGCAUUCACCGCUACACUGACAUAUAUGUUCGUAAUGUCACAGUCACACUUGCAAUACAUAGCGGUCUUUAACACCCCGACCCUUGCAGAUGAUGACCCAGUGUGCCACGAUCUGCCUGGUGCUAUUUUAUUUUACUUUACGUUACCUUAUUUGACUAAGCACCUUAUUUAAGUUAAAUUAUUUUAUAAAAACGCCAGGAACACGUCUGUUUUUUUUUUUUUUUACUAUAAUUUUACUAACUACACACUUAACUUCAGACCCCAAGCAACCUCUUAGUAUAAGGCUUCAGAAUGUGCGGUGGCCCCACUUAAUAUAAGCAACGGGAUCUAACGAGUUUAAACGUAUAAAGUUUAGAAUGUACAACGAGUUAAACGUAUAGUGUUUAGUACGUGCAACGGGCUUAAAUGCAUAAUGAUUAGUAUGUAUAACGAGUUUACAUGUAUAAUGUUUAGCAUGUGCAACGAAUGUAAACGUAUACUGUUUAGUAAGUUUUGAAGGUCACCGUGACAGAUAUUAAAGCAAUGAAACAUGACAUGAAUAUGUCCCCAAAGCAUGUUAAUAUUACGGGUUACAGGACCAGCCACAUAUAAUGCUGCCAACCACUGAGACAUAUGGGCUUUCCUAGUAACCAGACCUAUCAUCAAUAAUAUAAAAAGUGCAUUGUCCCGCAUGUUACACAACUGUUACACUCUACCUGAUGUUUUGAGCGCACCUGCUGUUGUGGCAGUGCAAGCUUGUAUACCUAACUUAUGCACGAAUAAGAUAAAGAAUUUAAAAAAAUAAAUAAAAACAGUGUAAUCCAAGAAUAAACCACAGCUUACAGAAAAAACACCUUAGUCUGCAGAAAAAUGAUAAAAAAUAUAUCUACAGUCAGUGGCAAAAAUCAGUACUUAUAGUGGGGCGCACCUCCAAAAGGAUGCUGAAGCCUAGAUAGAUGCCAUGCAAAGAUGAUCUUAAUAGUGAAGUAUACAGCGAGCUCAAAUCUUACCCUCAACUUUGGGCAGGAACUGUGAGUACCAGUGCACUGAUGUAGUAAGGAGUCCAAUGUAGGACAAGCGCGCCAAACAUCUACACAAACCCGAAGCAAGGGAGCACACUGAGCUGGGGUAGCGUGGUGAGCCGCGGCCGGUAACUCUUCAGGAGAAACAGGGCUUUCAUUUCACAUAAAAUAUUUAGAUAUGAAACUUAAUAUAAUAUGAAGUAUUUUCCUAGCUAUUAUUCAUGGAAGCAUAUAAUACAUUCACAAUGGAAUCAUAUAUAAUAUGACUAUUUUCUUGCUGUAUUAGAAAAGGUGACUCGCAUGAAAGAGCCCAAGUUCUGAGAUUCUUUACAUGAAUUGAGUGCCACUAGUAGGACAGUUGUGAUAGUAAAAGUCAACAUUGGAAUCUUCUCCAAUGGUUCAAAUGGAGUACCAGACAAGGCAUGUAACACCAGAGGCAAGUCUCAGGGAGGCGAGCAAGACUGCAUUGGGGUACUUAGUUUAAGGACAACUUGAAAAAAUACCCCAAUAUCAGGAUCGAAUGCCAACUUUUGAUCCAAAAGACCAAGUCCUUUCUCAAAUCCAUCCUGAAGGAAUUGAAGAAUGUUACAGGUACCAGGAGACUGAAGAGAGACCUCACGAACCACGCAACAGCUGUAGAAGAUGCCACAUAUGCGGUAAUAGGCUGAGGAGGUUGACAUUUUUCUUGCAUCGAGCAAGAUGUCAACUACUGGUGCUAAGAAGCCUUUCUUUAAGAGACAUUGCCUUUCAAUUCCCACACCGUCAUAUUUAGAGAGUGGGGUGCAGGAUGAAGUACUGGGCAAUAAUUGAUCAAGGCAUGACAGAUAUAGAAGGAUGUCCUGAGAUAAUUUUUGUAGCAGAGGAAACCACAGGCGUCGGGGCCAUUAUGGAAUGAAUGCCAGGACCUUAACUUGCUGGAUUCUUCUCAGCAGAGGGAAUAUCAAAGGAGUUGGGGGGAAAAAAAUCACAUCCUAGAUGGAAUCUCCACUCACAAUAGAGUGCAUUCCUGUUUUCCGGUUGAAGUAAAAAGAGAAGAGUCUUUCCACUUUGCUAUUCCGGGCUGUUGCCACAAGGUCUACUUAUGCAAGGCCCCAUUUUCAGACUAUGCAAUGGAAUGCUUGGGAGGAGAGUGCCCAUUCUGUGGGGUCCAAUAAUACUCUGCUCAAGAAGUCUGCCAACUGAUUAUCCUUGCCUGGGAGAUACACUGCCUUCAUGCCCUUUAAAUUAUUUUCAGCCCAUGUCAUUACAGGUGACUACAUUUUCAUUAAAUGCUUGCUUUUUGUCCCUCCCUGAUGGUUGAUGUAAGCAACAACAUAUUUUCUAUCCUCACCUUUACCCAAUUUUGUUUUAGAGAGGGCUGGACAAUAGCUUGGAAUACAGCUUGUAAUUCUGAGACAAUUGAGGAUUGAUGAAAAGAUUUGUGUUUCCAUAGGCAUCUGUUGUCAAAGUGAUCCAAUGGAUAUUUCCCAGAAGGAAUCCUCAAUACAAAUUCUGAUCGACCAGCAACCAUGAGAGUUCCUUCUUGACCAUGGUUGAUAUGAAUAUUACUUUAUUCAGGGAGUAUUGGGAGAGAAAUUCCCUUUGAGGGAUCACCAUGUGCCAUUGGGCUCACCUUGUAAGUCCUAUUGUUAAAGACAAACUCUCUAGAAGACUUAUGAAUUUAAUGCCAGAAUUGAGAGAGAUGAGAUGUAAAAUUUUUUAAUGGAUCCGUUGUACGCUUUAUGAAAAUAGGAAUACUCGUGAGCUGGCUGUGUCAAACCUUGCACCUAGAUUUACCAUCACCUGGCAUGGAGAAAGCUGGCUCUUCUUGAAAUUGAUCAUCUAGCCAAACUUCUGGAGAAGGAGAAGAAUGAUGCCUUCCAAUCAGAUGCACUUUUGAGAAAGUUCUGGGUGCUGUGCUGAGAUUAAACGGAAGAGCCUGAAACUGGAAAUGUUGAUAGAGCACAGUGGACCUGAGAGAGUUCUGUUGAGGAAUAGCAAUGGGAAUGUGAAAGACAGCAUCAUGAAGGUCUGUGGAAACCAUCCAAUCUCCUGCAGAGAUGGCUUUCAUAAUGGAACUGACUAAUUUCAUCUUGAAUCUUCUUACACACAAUUCUUAAUUUAGCCCAUGUAGAUCAAGAAUUGGUCUCCAUUCACCUGAUGCCUUUGGAGUCAGAAAGAGACUUAAAUAGUAUGCCAAUUCUCUUUCUUCUUGAGGAACAGGACAAAUAAAUCAUUCUGUUAAAAGGGAAGUUAUGAACGAAUGAAGAGCUUCCUUGUUCCCAAAAAACGAGAUUGAGGAAUGGUGGAAAAUUCCAGAAAAUAACCUAGGUUUAGGAUCUUUAAAAUCCACUUGUCUGAUUGAGCUCAGACCUUGGAGAAGUUCAGAAGUCUUGCUUCCACUUCCCAGGACUGGACUGGUAUUUCAUCAGAAUUGUUUAGAUUGUCUGGUACUACCACCUCGUCCUCUAGUACCUCAUGGUAAAGAGUAACUGUGACAUCCCACCGCUGCCACCAAUGUGAUGGACUGCCUGGCACCCCAACUGGGUACCUCCAUCAAUCGCUGCUUCCUAGUACCAUAAGCACUGCACUGGAAAACCAUAACCACCAUAAACCCUACGAACCGCCGCAGCUUGGUUGGGGUCUCGCCAUCCUCCACCCACCCAAGACCAGGAUCCAGCUUACAAUAGGUAAACCUCUCCUAGUCCAGAGAGCAUAGCAGGAACAGCUUUUACAAGAGCUUAGUGAUUAUACUCAGGGGAGUAUAGUGAUUAUAGCAAUCCCCAGAGUGAAUGUAGUUCUCCAAUCCCCCAAACAUGAGCCUAGACUUCAUGAAGGGUAAAACAAGGGUGUUUAAUGGAAGCCACAGCUGGCCUUUUAUGCAAGUCCCCAGGGACACAAAGCUUACAAACCGAUCAGAACAGUAAUUAAAUGUACGACACUCCCACACACAGCACACAAUCCCUCCCCUCUGCAUGGGAGAUAAUUGAGUAAAGUACAUUAUGUAACUCAAUUAUCUCCAGGCAGAAAAAUCACAUGUUUUAUCAAGUCUCAUAGGUACCCCAAAACACAACAUAUCCCUAUAAAGUUACAUACCCUGAUAGCCCUGAUCUGGGUGACCAACAUAUCCAAAAAUCACCCAGAUCAGGGCAGGGGUUCAGGAAAUUCCUGGAAGUCUUAUUUUUGAUCGACCAAGCACAUGGUCCCAUGCCCAAAACAGUUUCAGAGAAUUAGUGCUAACGGUCGGGCUCUCUGUCUGGAGUACAAAAGUACAUACUUCAUAUGAACACAGCCUUUUAAAGUAUUUUAGCCAGGUCUAUUGCAGGGGCUAUAGUUACAGGGUAAGAGGCUGGCCAGCAGGCUCCUCCAAGAACCAGUGGCGAAGUUCAGUUCGUCAGAUCUCUAACCAGGAACCUGACCUCCUGUCGAUCGGUACGUGAGUUAGUCGAGUAGCCCACCCAUAACCAAGUACUUGACCUGUAAUUCUCGAGUGUCCAUCUUUGUCCUAUCGGUCCCAGGCUGCAGAGUGAGCAUCCGCCAGCCCCGAUCUCCCUUGUGCUCCCAGGCAUGGGGAUGUAGGUACUCGGUGGGCAGAGGCCAAAUGCGCUCUGUCCUGGUGCCAGCGCUUCUGCUGGGGGGACUGGUCCUGCCCUGUAACAAGGGGGCAGGUAGGGCAGAGGCUUGCUGCUCUCUGCCCUGAUGCCAGCUCUUCUGCUGGGAAGAUGCCAGGGGGCCAGUCUCUGGACAACAGCCCCAGCUGCUGAUGGAUAUGACCGACCUUCUCCACUCCCUGUAUCUUUCCCUGUGGUUGGGGAGGGGGACUGACUGUCUCCUCCCAAGGUGUCUCAGUUGCUGCUGGGGAGAGAGGGCAAUAUGCACACUGCCACUGGCGAGUGAGACCGACCGUCUCCACUCCCAAUAACUUGCCCUGCCGCUGUGGAGAGAGACAGUUUGUCUCCUCUCCCUGUAACAUAAGCUGCCACUGGAGAGGGCAGACGAUAUGCUCCUCUACCUGAAAUGCACACUGCCGCUGGGGAGAGGGACCUGUUGUCUCCUCUCCCUGUAAGGUAAGCUGUCGCUGGGGAAUCGAACCGACUGUCUCGACUCCCGGUAACGCUGCCUGGUGCAGAACUGCUUGUUGCUGCUGGGAUGAGGGACUAACAAUCUCCUCUCCCUGAGAUGCUGCCUGGUGCUGGGUAGUGAGACCGACUAUCUCCACUCCCAGGGAUGCUUGCUGCUGUGGGGUACCUCUGUCAAUCGCGGCUUCCUAGUACUUGCGAGUACCAUAAGUACUGCACUGGAACACCAUAACCACCUUAACCCCACAAACCACCGCAGCUUGGUUGGGGUCUCUCCAUUCUCCACCCACCCUGGACCCAAGACCAGGAUCCAGCUUCCAGUAGGUAGACCUCUCCUAGUCCAGAGGAACGUCUGUCCUGUAGAAAGGAUGUUUUUGUAUGUCAGUUGGUUAAGGGAGAAAGGUUUUUGUCCUUCUACAGCUCUCUUAACGAAUUCAUCCAGUGGUUUGCUGAUGUCAGGGUCUUACCUGGGUUGGGAGUCUGUAGCGCAGAUAUGUUGCUCACCCUUGCAAAUAGCCACAGGCCAAGGUGGUCAGGUAAGAAUUCACCUGGCCUGUGGGUCUGUGCACGGAGGCUGUGCAGAAUGAAGUUCCAAGUCACAGUGCAGGCAAGGACUCAAACAGCAGGAUUGUCAAGGGAUAGCCCAGGUCAAAGGAUGCCAGAGGACAGGAACAACGAGGAAUAACCGAAGUCAAGGGAUGCCAGAGUAAACGAUGUCAGAAGCCAGGGUCAAUAUGAAGCAGAGUAACAAUAGACAGGAACACUGGUAUGGAACACACACAAGAGGAUCAAAGACUUGAUCCAGAUCACAGGGCGAGGCUGAGUUUAUAUACCCUGCUGAUAUCUGAUCAGGAUCAGGUGAAGCACGGCUAUCGACAAGGACCAUCCCCCAGUGCUGCAGACAAGCCAGGAUCAAUAGAACUGAAAUAGGUUGUCAGAAGCAAAGCUUCUGUGGCUCAGAGGAGGAAGCAGGACCAGAACCACCAAGUACCCAGGUUUGAAUCCUGACAGUACCCCUUCCUCAAAGCUGCCUUUAGGCGAGAAAAGAAAAGCAACUAUGGCCCAGGAGGUCACUUUUUAGAUUUCUUGGCUCUGGUUUUGCCAGCAGGCCACCAAGUACCCAGGUUCGAAUCCUGACAGCUGAAAAGCAUAUCCCCUUGGAAGGGGAGGGCACAAAGACUGUUUUUUAAAGCCGAAUCUGCUACACAGUUUCUCAGCCACAGAGCUCGCCUAAAGGCUACUGAGAGAACCAUGUGUUAGGGACACUGUUUAGUUGAAGAAGCCCAUGAUGCAGAAAAGGCUGAGAGCACGGAAUCCGGUGUGCAGUACAAUAGAAUCAAACGAAGAGUGGUCAGGAAAGCCAAAAGGUCAGGACAGGUGGCUCAACAUCAGGAAAACAACAGGACAGGCACUGAGGGUAUGAACACCAUAGGAGCACAGUAAAACUGAGAAAUUAGUAUUAGUAGGAGUGGAGUUUAAAUAGGAAAAGGGAGGUAUGUCACUUAGGUUCUCUCCGCCUCCUGAAUACGUUCCUUUGUCAGUUCCGCCCUCUGUCCCUUUAAGAAAUGGUUGCUUCAGCAUGAGAUAGUGCCCUCCUGUUCUGUCUGGUAUGCUGACUGCUGGUCUGCAGUGCCACUCGUGGGAUGCGGUACCACUUGUCCCUAUGUUAAUGCGGCUAGUUGGAGGUGGUGAGCGGGCUGACCACGUGGUGCAGGAGGUUGCACUUCAAGCCAGCACCUCCAUGCAGACAGAGGAAGACGGACCAGGUCGAUUGAAACAUCAGAAGUGAAAUUUAUUGUCAUUUUAAAAUUAUUUAGAAAAUCCAAAAGUCUGGAUCUACUGACCUCACUAGAAAUAUCCUCUUUGAGGUCCUUCACAGAGGUAACAUGGGCAUUUUUCCAAAUUAGAGUCCAUCUGUUUGUCCAUUGGAUCUCUCAAUGAUCAAGCAUUAUCAAUUGGUAAAGUGGACUUUUUAGCCAGAAGCACAAUGGCAUCAUCAACUUUGGGUGCCAAGUCCCAAGUGGAACUAUCUUCUGACUUGAAAGGGUAAAGCUUGGACAGCCUGCCUUGUACUGCAACCCCUUUGCCUUGUACUGCUACUGUAACCACAAAAAAAGUGUGACUUACUCAGAAUCUCUUGAAUGCAACCUAUUUUAUUCAGUACAAAAAUGCAAACGAUUGAGAAAAUUAAACAUAAUCAACGUUACAUAAAAAAGCACAUAGAAGGCUUAUCAAUAAACUGCAAUCUUUAAGUUUGGAUUCCAAUAUUGUUGAAUGGGUAAGGCAAUGGCUGAGUGACAGGCAACAUAGGGUUGUAGUCAAUGGAGUAUAUUCGAAGCAUGGGCUUGUCCCCAGUGGGGACCUCAGGGAUCUGUACUAGGACCCAUUCUUUUUAAUAUUUUAAUUAGUGAUAUUGCAGAAGGUCUUGAUGGUAAGGUAUGUCUUUUUACUGAUGAUACCAAGAUAUGUAACAGGGUUGAUGUUCAAGGAGGUAUAAGCCAAAUGGCAAAUGAUUUAGGUAAACUAGAAAAAUGGUCAGAGUUGUGGCAAAUGACAUUUAAUGUGGAUAAGUGUAGGAUAAUGCAUCUUGGACAUAAAAACCCAAAGGCAGAGUACAGAAUAUUUGAUGGAAUCCUAACCUCAACAUCUGAGGAAAGGGAUUUAGGGGUGAUUUCUGAUGACUUAAAGGUAGGCAGACAAUGUAAUCAAGCAGCAGGAAAUGCUAGCAGAAUGCUUGGUUGUAUAGGGAGAGGUAUUAGCAGUAGAAAGAGGGAAGUGCUCAUGCCAUUGUACAGAACACUGGUGAGACCUCACUUGGAGUAUUGUACGCAGUACUGGAGAUCGUAUAUCCAGAAAAAUAUUGAUACUUUAGAGAGAGUUCAGAGAAGGGCUACUAAACUGGUUCAUGGAUUGCAGGAUAAAACUUACAAGGAAAGGUUAAAGGAACUUAAAGGACCACUCUAGGCACCCAGACCACUCCAGCUUAAUGAAGUGGUCUGGGUGCCAGGUCCAGCUAGGGUUAACCCAUUUUAUAAUAAACAUAGCAGUUUCAAAGAAACUGCUAUGUUUAUUAUUGGGUUAAGCCUUCCCCCAAAGCCUCUAGUGGCUGUCUCAUUGACAGCCACUAGAGGCGCUUGCGUACUUCUCACUGUGAUUUUCAGUGAGAGCACGCCAGUGUCCAUAGGAAAGCAUUAUGAAUGCUUUCCUAUGUGACCGGCUGAAUGCGCGCGCAGCUCUUGCCGCGCGUGCGCAUUCAGCUGACGGGGAGGAGAAGAGGAGGAUCGGAGGAGGAGAGCUCUCCGCCCAGCGCUGGAAAAAGGUAAGAUUUAACCCCUUUCCCCUUUCCAGAGCCGGGCGGGAGGGGGUCCCUGAGGGUGGGGGCACCCUCAGGGCACUAUAGCUUGGAAGAAAGACAAGACGGGGGGAUAUGAUCUUUAUUUUUGAAGUGCAAUGUUAUUUGUACAAGCUUGUUUGAUCAUUGUAAAAGAUGUACUGCAGCAUAAAACACGUUGAACAUGACAUACGAUGAGAAGAAAAUAAAUGCCCUGUUUUUUUGAUGUGUUAAAGACAUGGAAUUACAAAGUGUGGCUUAAUGUAGAGUACCACGCAGGAUCCUUAUGGUUUGCGUUGCCUUCAGGCUAGGUAGCUGGCAGGUGCUAUAUACUGAAAGUAUAAGUGGUCAUGUUUCAGCAUGUGUGCACGACAUUAGUAGGUUCUACCGGCUAUACAUAUUGACCUGCACAAUGCAGUGUCGGUCAGGCUUGGUUAAGAAAGAGGUAUUGAACCUUGUCAUGAUCAAGAUAGUAGUUGUGUUGUGAGUUAUGAUAUGUUUCAUGAUGUGAAUGUGAUAUAGGUGGAUGGCCUUUUGUGAUGUACUUGGUUUGCACAUCUUAUGUGCCCAUCUUUGGGGAGGGGGAGUGAAGGCAGUGGCCAUGUGGGGGCUAUCUGGUAAAUAGUGGGCCUGCCUAAGGUAGGGUGGGUAGACAGGAUAUGACCUAAUGUAGGGCUUAGGUCUUAAGGACGAUCUGAGUGCCCCUUACCUAGAGGGUGGCAGGGGGAGGUAGAGACUCUUGUGAAGGUGAUGCAAGGACAGUCUAAGACUGUGUACAUAUUCCCAACAGAAGCUACCUGCUUCAGAACACAUCCAAAUGUAAAACAGAAGAAAUAUAACUUAAAAUAAUGACUAUGCGGGGAGCGGAGAAAGCAGACAUACUGGCAAUUCGCACAUCACUGCAGCUCCAAGCACACUGGCACCAAAACGGAAAAUAAACCUACAAAAAACCACUGACAAUACCAGAGCCAGAUACUCACCAACUAUUAUGGGAUGUAGGAGCAAGAAGAGCAAGCCUGAUCGACGCCCAUCCACGGCCGAUAACAGUGAUUUACUGUGCAGGCCGCAGUUCUUACAGAGGCCUGUCAUGGCGCCGCUCUCAGAUGCUCCAUCACGCACUACCAGCGAGGAAUCCUUGUACGGCAAGAUGCCCUAUGAGGCCCGGCUACCCAACAAGAUGCAGCACUCACCUCAGAAGCAACCUGACAAGCCUCCGGUCACAGAGGACUCUCUGUGGGGCAUGCCAGCUGAACUCCACCGCAACAUCACGGCUGACGUUGGGUAGUUCCGGGAGGAGGUAAACGGAUUUGCAGCCUGUCUCCACAACUCAGCACAGCAGCGCACGAGAACCAUAUUGCAACCCUAGAGCAGUCCCUAACCAAACUCCAACACUCCCAAGCGUGAUCUAAGGAACACAUGGCGCCACUAGAAGACAAGCGAAAAAGAGAGCGCAAUGACCGAGCAGAGACACAAUCCUCUGCCACAAGACAUCACUCGGGUUCGAGGAGUACAACCUCUGGGCCUUCUGCAGCCGCAAUCUUGUGCGGCAGUGGCCUUUGUAAUAGAAUACCGACAUCCCGCGUUUCGGUAGUGAUACCUGUGGGUUGCUGUUGGGAUCUGCGCCCCAUGGCCAGAGUGUCUUUAGUUUGCCCUUAUCAGGCUUGACCAGCUUUGAGGUUGCCAGCGUCUGUCGCAGGCCCUCCAAAUACCAGUUUGAGCUCGGGGUGAGGUAGGCCGCAGGUUUACGUUUGACUUUUUGCCUCUUCGGGGUGUGAAAGAAUGGCAUCCGUCCAGUCAGUGAGACACAGUGGCUUAGUAUCUUCGUGUCUUGCCCCAAUUUGCGAGAGUAUUUUGCGUUUUUGUGCCAAUUUAGCAGGAGCUCCUAGGAUAUGCGUCUGUUCUCCUUUAGAGUCAAGCUCAGCCCCCAUGAUACUUCUGAAUAUAGAACAUUUACCACUGUGAAAUUUUGAGACAGGCAUGGUCUUUUUCACUCACUCCAACACAGCCAGUAAAGAGAGGCAGGCUGUGUUAUUAGGACUGUUAAAUGGACACUAUAGGCACCCAGACCACUUCACCCCAUUGAAGUAGUCUAGGCACAGUGUCCCUAUUGCACUUAGUGCUGCAAUGUAAAACAUCUUUGCAUUGUAGCACUAAGUCUGCCUCCAGUGGCUGUCUGCCAGCUUUGUAUUCCUGGCACUAUAGUAUCCCUUUAAAUGACCACUAUGGGCACCCAGACCACUUCAGCUUAAUGAGGUGGUCUGGGUGCCUGGUCCAUCUAAGGUUAACCCUUUUUUCUAUAAACAUAGCAGUUUCAGAGAAACUGCUAUGUUUAUGUUAGGGUUAAUCCAGCCUCUAGUGGCUGUCUCAUUGACAGCCGCUAGAGGGCUUCCGCGCUUCUCACUGUGAAGACGCCAGCGUCCAUAGGAGCGCAUUCAGCCGAAGAGGAGAGGUCCCCGCCCGGCGCUGGAGAAAGAGGUAAGUUUAACCAUUUCCUCCACCUAGAGCCCGGCGGGAGGGGGACCCUGAGGGUGGGGGCACCCUCAGGGCACUAUAGUGCCAGGAAACGAGUAUGUUUUCCUGGCACUAUAGUGGUCCUUUAACCCCUUAAGGACCAAACUUCUGGAAUAAAAGGGAAUCAUGACAUGUCACACAUGUCAAGUGUCCUUAAGGGGUUAAGUACCAAAACCCCACAUGCUCUAAUGGAAUUGGCUGCUUGCCUGCUACCGGACAUACCCAGCAACAGUUGUGUACAUACCUGUGACCUGCCCGUCACUCCAGGGGGGCCCAGCCGCCCUGCGACCGGAUACCAGCUGCCGCAUUUUGCCACAUGUUAAAGAAGUCCAUCGGGUGGCCCAUGCUGUCAGGGCCACCCAAUGGAUAUGGAUUGACAGGGGGCCCAGUCAGCACCCAGCGCUUUAACAGCACGACCGGGCCCCCUGUGAUGACAUCACUGCUGGGAGCAAGUGACUCCCUGGUCAAUCCUCCCAGCAUACAGAGAGCCCGCGCGGGAGGAAGCAGGAACUCACACACCCCAAUGGCAGGCCCUGGCAUUAGGGUUUUAGCUAGGUGUCUUCAAGAUGCUGUGGCCUGUAACUCAUCCUCUAAUACUUUAAGGUUUAGACAUAUUAUGGGACUGGAGGAGAGGAACCAUAAACAAUGCUAUAAUGGUGCUGCACACAUUUUAAAGUUGCCAAAUUGAAGUCACCAUUUUUAAACUGAACUGAAACCGGUUGCAUAUACACCUGAAAAAAAAUAAAGCUGGAAAAAUCCCAGGACACCCUGUAGUUAAAAAAGGGCAAGUGAAUCACACUUUAUUUCAUGAUACUGUCCAGAAGGAUAGAUGGUUUAUCCAUACUGUCUGCUCCUACACAAAUGCACAUUUCAAGACCAAAUGGCUACUGUUUGCUGAUACUGAUAACCGCUGGGACGAGCUGGCCAAUAACCAGUAAUAACCUAUUCCCUAAUCACAAAUGGCGGCCCCAACAAUCACAUUCAGCGCAACAUGGCGCCAUCGGAGAGUGACAAAGUGCACCGGAAGUCAAAGGAGCUCUAAACACCGCAUCCAAUGAGACCGAAACCUGCACGCCUUCCCAACAGAGAUUGUAACACAUUGACCUUUAGCCCUGAUGGGCAAAAUGCUCAACUGCUAUUGACAUCUCCAAUAUGGCGUCUAACGGCUGGCAUGGAAUCUCUAAUGAACUGAUGAACUUGUGUUUAGAACUCUGGGCCGUACGUUUACUGCGUCCCCACGCUCCCGGAAGUGGGUGUUGACGUUGGUGGGGGUCUUGGUGUGUCGCACCUUGUGGUGUGCUGGUAUUACGGGUACAGUACGUUUUGUUGAGGCCGUUGUCUGAUCGGGUCAGUUCGGUUAUCGCUUGGUGGCGGCGAGCGGCUAAUUUAGUGUCUGGCUUGAGGUCUCAGUGAGGCCUAGAGAGCAGGCGGCGGAAAGCGGUAUGUACAGGCCCGGCCGGGCCAGGUGGGGACGGGUUGGUUAACGGCUUCACAUACUUGUAUCGUCUGCUCUAUCUGUAUCGGCAGGCCCGAUUUCUGUAACCAGAUAAACCGUGUAUUUAUAUGCCAUUAAUCGUGGUAGCGUAAUUGUAAAUGUAGAAUAAAUGGUCCGAAUGUAAACUGAGCCCAUAUUCGCUUUGCAUGAAUUAAUGGCUUCAACAGUAAGGAAAAGGGGACAGAGGAGGUUCUUAGUGUAGUCUCAUAUUUUAGUUUAAUGCACUUUUUUUUGAGCUAUUUGAGACGAUUUUAUUUUUUUGCUCCAUAAUCUUGUCACUGGUUUAACUGCUCGUUCCUUACAGACUUGUAGUUGUUUUUUUCUAGAUAUAUGAUCUAUCGUGUGGGUUAAAAUUUAUAUUAAAGGAACCAUCUUAGUACAAUAACAGUGGUUUGUUUUUUGUUUUUUCAAAUGUUUCUGUAAUAUUCAUAUAUAAUUUUUUUUCAUUAUAGGAUGUUGUUAGUAAACUGAAAAGUACAUUUAACUUUUGGAGAAACAAGUAGCAAAGCGUAAAGGGACACUAUAGUCACCAGAGCAACUGCAGCCCAAAGGACCACUAUAGGCUCCCAGACCACUUCAGCUCAAUGAAGUGGUCUGGGUGCCAGGUUCCCCGUAGGUUUUACACUGCUGGGUUAAUUCAGCCUCUAGUGGCUGUCUCCGCGAUUCUGAGUGUGAAAAUCACAUUGAACUCACGCAGUGUGAGUUCUGAUCUCCAUAAGAAAGCAUUGAGUAAUGCUUUCCUAGGGGCGGUUUGAAAGUCUGCGUGUCUCUGGUCACGCAUGCGACUCCACUCGGGAGCUAACGUCGUCAGGGAAGGAGAGGUCACCAGAUCCGAGGGAACCCUGCACUAGAUUAAGGUAAGUUUUAACCCCUACAGCCCAGAGGAGGUGUGGGGGACUUAAUAACCCCACAGUGCAAGGAAAACUGUUUUUCCUGGCUUUAUAGUGCUUCUUUAAAGGGACACUAUAGUCACAAGAACUACAGUUUAUUGUAUUUGUUCUGAUGAGUAGACUCAAUCCCUUCAAUCUUUUAGCGGUAAACAUUGUUUUGUGUGUGGUUUUUUUUUUUUUUCCUUUUUUUUAUUGAAAAUGCAGUGUUUACAGCCUGAGGCCACUCCUCAGAUGGCUGCUAGAGGUGCUUCCUUGGUCGGUCAGUGCUGUGCAAUGUGCAGCACUGCUAUUUAGUGCCUCCACCCUCUGCAUGCAGACACUGAUUUUUCCUCAUAGAAACAUUGAUUCAAUGCAUUUCUUUGAGGAGAUGCUGAUUGGCCAGGACUAUUUGAUUUUCGCUGGCUCUGCCCCUGAUCGGCUUCCUUGACAAGCUCAGCCAAUCCAAUGUUUUCCUGUGUGAAAACAUUGCGAUUGUCUCAGACCACAAGACCUUCUGAUGUCAGCCAAGCAGGCACGUCGGAGGCAGAGCCAGCAUCAACAGUCUAGAGUAAAGGCAAAUUUUUGCUAUAUAUUUAGUGGGGAUUGAUUGUGUUUUUAAAACUAUAGGGUCAGGAAUACAUGUUUGUGUUCCUGACCCUAUACUGUUCCUUUUAACGUAGUUGUUCUGGUGUGUAUAUUCUGUCCCUGCAGAAUUUUUGCUAUUCAGAGAAAAGGCUGUGUUUACAUUGCUCUUUAGGAGCAGCUCAUGUGGCCACUCCUCGGAUGGCCACUGGAGGUGCUUCCUGGCUCAGUGCUGCACAAGAAAAUGCUGAACUUUUUCUAUAGAGUAGAUGAUCACAGCCAAUCCAGCGCUUUGCUAAGGGAAAGCAUUGUGACUGACUGAGAUUGUCGGCCAAGGAGGCAGAUCGGAGUGCCGUAGCUGAAAUAAAGGUGAGUACAAUCAAUUUUAGGUGGAAUAAAGGGGGGCAGUUUAACCCUAUAGUUUAACGCUAUAGGGUCAGGAAUACAUGUUCCUGACUUUGUAGUGUUCCUUAAAUAAAAGAUUACUAUGCUUUCAUUUAAAAGAACGCUACAGGCUCAGGAACACAAAUGUGUCUUUUUGACACUAUAUUGUUAAAAUCACCAUUUAGGUUGCAGUGUCCCCUCUACCGCUCUUAUGUGAAAGGGUAGUGUUGACAAGAAAAUGCCUGCAGGGACAUGCUAUACUUACCAGAACUACAUUAUGCUGUAGAUGUUUUGGUGACUAUAGUGUCACUUCAAAGUGUUGUAAUUAUUGGGGGAUCUUUCUUAGAUGCUGAUUUUUAUUUUAUAAUUUCUCCUAACUUUCUGUUUGCAUCCCUUUUAGCACAUCUUGCUUCUGGUAGAUAUCUUAUUGCUGAACAUGUGUAGUGGUAAUUAUCUAAUUGCUGAACAAAUGUUCUCUUUUACAGCUGUUACGCAGAGCGCUUCUUUGGUGCAGUGCAAACUAAGGCGCAGCGCAGGCGUGGGUGAUUAAAUCCUAUUUUAGUAAGAACCAAGCGCUACUAAAACCAUGCCAAACAGGGAAAAUUAUGCAAAUGGCGGCAGCAGCAGUGGUAGUGGCAGCGAGGAAGCUGGUGCGCCUGUGGAUUUUGUGUGUCGGGACUUUCUGCGCAAUGUUUGCAAGCGAGGAAAGCGCUGCCGCUUCAAGCAUCCAGACUCUAAUGAUGUAUCUGACCUUGGAGUGCAAAAAAAUGAGUUUGUCUUUUGCCAUGACUUUCAAAACAAAGAGUGUGUUCGUCUCAACUGUCGCUUUAUUCAUGGCACCAAGGAUGAUGAAGAACAUUAUAAGAAAACUGGAGAGCUUCCUCCCCGUUUGCGACAAAAAGUGGCAGCUGGUCUUGGCUUGUCUCCCACUGACUUGCCAAACAAAGGUGAGAUUCCAAUUUGUCGUGAUUUCCUAAAGGGUGACUGCCAACGUGGUGAUAGAUGCAAGUUUCGUCACCUUCAACGGGAAUAUGAGUACCAAUAUGAAUACCCAUGUGAUAUACGGGGAGGGGCUAUGAACACAGGAGUGGCCCCUGGAAAUUUAUCUGCAGCUACCACCCGUGCUUAUGAGCACUAUGGUGCUUACGAGGGCCUCCCAGAAACAGAUUACUAUUCCUCUUCUUAUUACCGCUAUGGUGAACGCUUUGAUGAUCCUGUAAUGAAAAGAAGGCGUGUAGGAUAUGAUGGAUAUUAUAGUGCUUCCCCAGUAGAGUAUCGUCUCCUGGAGGAAGAAAAUGUUAUGCUCCGCAGGCGUGUUGAGGACUUGAAAAAGCAAGUUUCUGUCCUGGCUGCAACUAAUGAAGUUUUACUGGACCAAAAUGCACAAUUCCGCAGCCAGGCAAAAGUGGUUACACUAAGCACACUUAGCACUACAGCUCCAACUAGUGAACAGGCUGUUGGCACAGUGACCAACUACAACCAUGGCAUAGCCCAGACCCACACAACCCUGAGUAGCCAGGCAUUGCAGCCCCGAGCAGUCACACAGCAAGAGCUAGUGGCAUCCACUGGUGCACCACCUGCUGCUCAGACCAAUGCAGCUGCUCAGCUGAACCCAGAAAUCACCCCACUUUCUGCAGCGCUGGCGCAAACCAUUGCUCAAGGUAUGGCUCCACCUCCAGUUUCUAUGGCACCAGUGGCAGUCUCUGUUGCACCAGUAGCUGUUUCCAUGGCCCAGCCUCUUCCUGGCAUUACUAUGAGUCACGCCACUACGCCAAUGGUUACCUAUCCCAUUGCCUCACAGAGCAUGCGUAUAACCGCCAUGCCUCACUAAUUAUCCAUACUGCUCCAUGUCUGUAGAUGUUUGGCAGCUACGGCUUUUAGCUAUAGACAGAGCACUAUCAUUUAAUGUUCAAGUAAUUUGAUCUUCAUGUGAUUUUCCUUUUUUAGAGCAGAAAAUAAAGCGCUAAAUGCAAAACUGUAGCACACUCAAUAUAUUUUGAAUAUCAAAGUUGGAGGUAAAGAGUUCUUUUGGAAGUAUCCUUAGUAUGUGUUGAAGGAGCUUAUUUUUGUCAAAAUAAUUUGCUUACCAUGACAGCUUUCUACUGUUGACAGCAAUUUUCCUUAUUCCUAUAGUUCCAUAGUCCUGCAGAAUAGCUCCCAACAUGUAUUAUUAAUCGUGUUGGUAGCCACAUUUUGAACCUGAAAAUAAUAUACAAUUCUUGCUUAGAAGAGCCAGAUUUUGCAGCCUGCAUUGGUGAUACUUUGUUGCUAAUUAUUUUCCACAAAAUAAGCCUCCUUAAUUUUGACAUUUUCAGUUUUAAUUUCUUUUCCAGUGGUAUACAAAUUAUGUUAUCUGGUCUCAGAUAUAAAUAAAUUGCCCUUCUUUCCUGCAAAUAGGAAAGUGCAACAUUUAUAUAAACGUCUGCUGUAUGUGAAAGAGCAGAAAUUAAAAUGUUGGCAAAGAAACUAUCAGUAAAUAAGAUCUGUUUAAAGAUAUUCAGUAGUUUGGGCAUUGCUUUAGCCACCAUUACUUUAGAUUUUAUCAGUUGAUGGCUGUAAUAUUCUGUGAUACUAUUCCAAAUCCAAGAAUUACCCCACAAAGAAAAUGUCCUCCCUGGAGAUAUUAAUGUACAAGUCUAAUUUUCAUCUUGGGAGGUUCCUAACUUACCAUUUAGAAAGUUGUAAAUCAUGUUCACCAAAUAUAUUUUGUUAAAUGUUUGCUGUUUUUGUAGCACCGGAUCACCACCUUCCAGCACGCUUUAUGUAAACAUCUCUAGUUUCUCAAAUUUAGUUGCAUUGCUGAAAAUCCAUAAUGCCAGUCACUUUUGUCAAGGAGUCUACUUCCUGUUUCUGUCUUAAUUAGUGUUGUGGUUAGUGUAGAAUGCUAGGCUGUAAAAUGCUACGCUUAGGCUGCCCUUAUAAUUUAUAUAUUUCUGCCAGGCAGUUUAAAUUCAAUCGCCUGCCUCACUUUAAACCAGAUUUUAUUUUAUUUUUCUUCCUCCUAUGUUUGUUACAAAGGACCAAGCAUUAACCAGUUAAGUGUGAAAUCUGGUUUGCAAACAGUCUUAUGGUAUAACUUUAUUUUUUUAAUUUUUUUUUUUAAGUCUGAUCUGAAAUGUUAGUUGUGAUACCCAUUUAUAUAAGUAAAGCCACAAUAUUUUUCUUUCUUUAAUAGAAAUUAUACUUUUAUUUUAUAAAGCUGCCAUAGUUUUAUAUUAUUGAAAAUAAAAAUAUGCAUGUAUCUGUCAUUUUGGAGUGGAAACUUAAGAUUAAUGCCUCUUUUCAGUGCAUCUCCUGGAUUACACUUCUCCUAUGUGGGCGGUGAUCGUCAGUCCUCUCUGGUCGGAAACAUAACUUGUGUGACCAAAGACAUGCGGUUAAUCGAGCUAGUUGGUAUGCAUUCUUUAAUUCUGAUUUCAUGCCAAAGUGCUAAGCAUGUCAGAAAUGCAAUCUGCGAUGGUUUCAGACCUUCAAAUUGUACAUGGUUUUCAAAGAUCAGGGAUGUUUAUGAACAGUGGGAUAGAAGUGGCUGCCUAAUGGAGCAAAGGUAAUCCAGGAAACUCACUGUAAGGAGUUAAUUUAUCUACCCUUAUUGCAAAAUAGCACACAGGCUAGAUUACAUGUAAUCUGUUAUCUUCAGUGAUUUAAAAAAAAAAAUUUCUUUCAAUAAUUUUGUCAUGGUUGACAUUUGCAUAAAGUGUAUAUUCACUUUCCAUCAUAUUUUGAUGUGGUUUAGUGGCAAUUGUCUUUUUUAUUUUAUUUUUUUAUUAUUAUUAUUAUUAUAAAUGCCAAAAUAAAGUUGCUAGGAUUACACAUCUAAUUUAUGUAACAGAUUACAGCUGAGGUAGUGUUUAACACCAAUAACAACAAAAUAGUUUUGUUUUGUCUUUUGUGUGAAAACCAUUGAUUACAAUAUAACAAAUGUACAAAAUAAUCCAACCACCCAAAGCAGACAUUUUAUAUACCUUUUCUAAUAUACAUAUAUGACAGUAUUGCGUACAUUAAAAUAAUGGUGGGAAGAAUGUACAUCGUUAAGGUAAUUUAGCUGCACUAAUAAUUUGGGGUGUAAUGUUUCUAGUUUGAAAUCCUUGACUUGUGCUCGUUAUGCAAUGUAUACACUUUGUUGAGAUUUUGUGUAGAGUGUGUUGUUUCCUG